AUGGCAACUCACGCAGGCGAACUCCACUGCAUUCGAUUGCCAAUCUGGGCUAGUUUUCCGACUUGCUUCUCCUCCACCCAUGGAAGGAAACCACCGGACUCGAUCAGUAGUCCAAUUAAUAAUACCCAAGUGAUUGAAUCAACCAUCCUGUACGCACACAAGCCCACUGAUGUCAAAUCAAUUCCCCUAACCCGCGGCCUCUCCGUCCGAGGCCUCGGCCGCAACCCAUCCAAACUCCCCCCUCGACUCUCCCAAGCUCUGGAAUCCUUCAUCCCCUGCACCUCCCACGCCGACGUCGACGCUCUCCACACUGCCGUUACAGGCGUCGACGCCAUCGCAUGCGCCUACACCACAGACCCAGUGCUCUACCUCGAAGGCGGCCUCUUGCUCCUCCGCGCCGUCGAAGCCGCCAACGUCAAGAUCUUCAUCGCUGCGUCUUGGACCCAGGACUGGAAGAAUAUCCGAUACGGGGAUUUUGAGCUCUAUGACUCUAUUCUUGCGUUCGUGGACCACGUCGCUGCUACGAGCUCUAUUAACCCGGUGUAUUUGAUUAAUGGUACCUUCGCGGGGUGGAUGAUGCGGCCGAGUUCUACUGCCGGAGAUGGAGACGGAUCGGUACGCUGCGAAUUCUGGGGCGCCGGCGACACGAAACGAGUCUCCUGGACCACGAUGGAUGAUGCAGCGGCAUACACGAUCGAGAUCCUAUGCAAUGACCCCGCAGUCCGAGCUGGCCAGGGAGGAAUCUUCCGGUUCCGAUCUGGUGAGCUGACGCUGCGCGAGAUGGCAGCUGUUUAUGAGAAGGUGACGGGGAAGGAAGUUGUGGUUGUUUGUAAGGGGAGCUUGGAGGAUGGGGAGAGGGCGUUGGAUGCGGCGAAGAAGGAGAAGGGGCGGGCUGGGAUUUGGGAGAGGUUGCUUUUGUCGUCGAGUGUGGUUGCGGCUAGGGGGUUGUGGGAGUUUAGGAAGCCGGUCAUGGAUUUGACGUAUGUGAAGAAGCCGAAGAGCUUUGAGGAUCAUCUUAGAGAGAGGAUGAGUGGGGGUUCUUAG